CAGAUGUGGAUGAAUGCGCUUCAGAUUCUCACCAGUGUAACCCCACCCAGAUCUGCAUAAAUACUGAGGGGGGCUAUACCUGUUCCUGCACUGAAGGCUACUGGCUGUUAGAAGGCCAGUGUUUAGAUAUAGAUGAAUGUCGCUACGGCUACUGCCAGCAGUUGUGUGCCAAUGUGCCCGGUUCCUACUCCUGCACGUGCAACCCAGGCUUUACCCUUAAUGAUGACGGAAGAUCAUGCCAAGAUGUGAACGAAUGUACAAGUGAAAACCCUUGCACUCAGACCUGCGUCAACACCUACGGCUCUUUUCUCUGCCGCUGUGAACCUGGCUAUGAACUGGAAGCUGAUGGAGUUAACUGCAGUGACAUGGACGAAUGCAGCUUCUCAGAGUUCCUCUGCCAGCACGAAUGUGUGAAUGGGCCUGGUUCUUACUACUGUAUCUGUCCUUCGGGCUAUAACUUGCUUGAUGAUAGCAGAAGCUGCCAAGAUAUCAAUGAAUGUGAAAACAGAAACUUCACCUGCACUCCGCAGCAAACAUGUUUCAAUAUCCCAGGAGAAUAUAAAUGUUUAGACCCAGUAAGAUGCGAGGAUCCUUAUAUCCAGAUUAAUGAGAAUCGCUGCAUGUGUCCAGCUGAAAACGCCGGUUGCAGAGAUCAGCCAUUCACCAUCUUGUACAGAGUGAUGGAUAUGGUGUCCGGGCGGUCUGUGCCUUCUGACAUCUUUCAGAUGCAAGCAACAACUCGCUACCCUGGAGCCUAUUACAUCUUCCAAAUCAAAUCAGGGAAUGAGGGCAGAGAAUUCUACAUGCGGCAAACGGGACCGAUCAGUGCUACCCUGGUGAUGACUCGCCCCGUGAAGGGGCCCCGUACUAUUCAGUUGGACUUGGAAAUGAUCACUGUUAACACUGUCAUCAACUUCAGAGGAAGCUCUGUCAUCCGGCUGAGGAUAUAUGUAUCACAGUACUCCUUCUAAACCUUGAGUUUGUGUCCUGGAAACAUUAAACCAAAAGAGACCGUUCCUCCUCUGCAGAACUCUCUCCUCAGAAGCCAGUACGUAUAGCAGCUCCAAACCAAAUCAGUAUUUCCACAGAUCCGGUGACCUAUGCCUGUCUGAGGAGGGAGGCCUCUUCAUGCUCAGCCUCUACCAGGAUGCAGACAUCUGAAGAUGCGUUGUCAGCCGAUCGCAUAUGAUUCUUUAUGUGGUCACAUAUUUUAAGGACUCUUCUUUCCAUUGUAAACACUUCUAGGGUAUGAGUCUAUGUUUGAAAGACUGUGAACCUUUGUAGCUCCAAGGCUGCUUAGCAAAAAAAAGCACCAAAGAAACUGAGGAAAAAGCUGGCUUUUGCAAUCUUGCUUUUUUUUUUUUCCUUUCAUUAUAAAUGGAAAGCAGACAAACAAGCAGAAACAGAAACAGAAAGCCACCUAUUGAAACAAGGGAUCUCAGAAGUGCUAACUUAAAUUCCAAAUUAUCUCUGGAGUUAUCAGUCAGGCACUUUGUCUCAAUUCACCCUGCAUUUGUCUUAGUUUCACCUGCUUUUUCUUUGAUUCUCUUUUGUAGUUAAAAUUAAUUGUAAAUUCAUUCCAAAACACAUGUUGUACUAUGUAAUCUUCUACUUUCUAACAAAGUGUCACAUAUUUGGGUUCGUUCCUGUAUUAAAUCUUUCUAUAUAACAGAGUUCAUAGAAAUC